AUGGACUCUGAAGGCAUCUAUGCCCGGCCGGGCAAAGGGGAUGGAAGUAGUAGCGACGCCGAAAAGGGAAGUUUUCGGCAGCACCAGUACGAAAAUGUCGAGAUUCGCGGUCUCGAGACCGACCCCGAGACCAUGCUGCACAAGGGCCUCAAGGCUCGUCACAUCACCAUGAUUGCCAUUGGCGGUGCUCUUGGUACAGGUCUCAUCGUCGGUACCGGCAAGGCUCUGGCCCAGGCCGGCCCUGGUUCUCUCUUCAUCUCGUACACCUUUGUCGGCCUUUUGGUCUUUAUGGUUAUGGCCGGCCUGGGUGAGAUGACUGCUUGGUUGCCCCUCAGCGCCGGUUUCACCGGUUACGCUACACGCUACUGUCACCCGUCGCUUGGAUUUGCUCUUGGAUGGUCGUAUUGGAUGAAGUACAUCAUUGUCACGCCGAACCAGCUUACAGCCGCCUCCCUCGUCAUCUCGUUUUGGGUGCCACGCGAAAAGGUGAAUCCUGGUGUGUUUGUCGCCAUCUUUCUCGUCCUGAUUGUCUGCAUCAACUACUUUGGCGGCAUCAAGUUUUUUGGCGAGUUUGAGUUUUGGCUCUCGUCCUUCAAGGUCAUUGUAAUUGUCGGCAUCAUCCUGUUCGCCCUCAUCAUAGCUUGCGGCGGUGGCCCCAACAAGGACGCGACUGGGUUCAGGUACUGGAAAGACCCCGGCGCCUUUGCCGUUCUUUACAAGUCCGGCCCGACGGGCGCCCUCGGCAAGUUUAUGGGUUUCUGGUCGGUCAUGGUCAACGCCACCUUUGCCUACCUUGGCACGGAACUGGUCGGCGUCACGGCUGCCGAGGCCCAGAACCCGCGUCGGUCGAUCCCCAAGGCCAUCAAGCUGACCUUUUACCGCAUCCUGUUCUUCUACUGCCUCAGCGUUCUCUUGGUCGGCAUGAUUGUCCCCUACAACUCCCCCAGCCUGGCUUUCGCGAACAAGCAGACGACGGGCGCCAGCGCCAGCCCGUUCGUGGUGGCGGCCACGAUUGCCGGCGUGCAGGGCCUGCCGCACAUCAUCAACGCCUGCAUCUGCGUCUUUGUCUUCUCGGCCGCCAACUCGGACCUGUACAUUGCCAGCCGAACGCUGUACGGCCUGGCCAGUGACCGUUCCGCGCCCGCCAUCUUCCGCCGCACGGACAGCCGCGGCGUGCCCGUGCCUGCCCUGGCCGUGUGCACCGGGUUCGCCUGCCUGGCCUUUAUGGUGGUUUCGGACGACUCCAAGAAGAUUUUUGGCUACUUUGUCAACCUGACGACCAUCUUUGGCCUGCUGUCGUGGAUCUCUAUCCUGGUCACGUACAUUUGCUUUUUGAAGGCCCGCCGGGCGCAGAACCUGCCCGACAGCGCGAUGCCCUACGUCGCCCCCCAAGGCCUGAUUGGCACCUACGUCGCCCUGUUCUUCUGCUGCCUGAUUCUCCUGACCAAGAACUUUGACGUGUUUGUCCACCGGGACAACAUUACUUUUGACUACCAAAACUUCAUCACCGGCUACCUGGGCGUUCCUCUGUAUCUCAUCCUGCUUUUUGGACACAUGAUUUUCACCAAGAGCCGCGGCGUCAAGGCGCACGAGGCCGACUUCUUCACCGGCAAGGACAUUGUCGAUCAGGAGGAGGCCGACUUUGUGGAGCUGCAGAAGCAACGGGCUGCUGCCAGCACCGGAUGGAACAAGUUUUACAACCGAUAUAUUUCUUGGCUAUUCUAG